UGACUGCAAUUUUUUUUUUUUUUUUUUCCUGCCAAACCAGAAUUAGCCGGUAUAGGAAUGAGCGAGCGUGGAGAUUUGAAAUUGCACGGAUUGGAAGGAAGCUCAGGUUAGGUUCGGGCACCUCCGAACGCACCGUUUUUAAAGCCACACGUACUGAGGCCUCGAGCUCGAAGCUCCACAAAACGGAGCUGGCCCGGCAGCCAGCGGCAGAGGCGCCGGGAGCCCGCACAGCGCACCGAGCCCGGCGGAGCGCCGAGCUGCGGGUACCCGCAUCUCCAGGAUGAUAGGCGACAUCGCUACAAUUCUCUCCGCCCAGCCGCUCAGGGGGCUCCGAGGAAGACAGCAAGUUCGGGCAUCCGGGCCAGGAGCCGAGUGAGGCCGCCGCCUCGCGGGCUGCGGGCGAAAAUCUUGGACAAUGUAUACAAGCCAUGAAGACAUUGGGUAUGAUUUUGAAGAUGACCCCAAAGAGAAGAAGACACUUAAACCCCACCCAGACAUUGAUGGUGGAUGGGCUUGGAUGAUGGUCCUUUCCUCUUUCUUUGUGCACAUCCUUAUCAUGGGCUCCCAGAUGGCCCUGGGAGUCCUCAACGUGGAGUGGCUCGAAGAAUUCCAUCAGAGCCGCGGCCUGACCGCGUGGGUCAGCUCCCUCAGCAUGGGCGUCACCUUGAUCGUGGGACCCUUCAUUGGCUUGUUCAUCAAUACCUGCGGGUGCCGCCGGACAGCAAUCAUCGGAGGGCUGCUGAACUCGCUGGGCUGGGUGUUGAGUGCUUAUGCGGCAAACGUGCAUUAUCUCUUUAUUACCUUCGGACUCGCAGCUGGCUUUGGCAGCGGGAUGGCCUACCUGCCGGCCGUGGUCAUGGUGGGCAGGUACUUCCAGAAGAGGCGCGCCCUCGCCCAGGGCCUCAGCACCACGGGGACUGGGUUUGGCACAUUUCUCAUGACGGUUCUGCUCAAGUACCUGUGCGCGGAGUACGGGUGGCGGAAUGCCAUGUUCAUCCAAGGCGCCGUGUCCCUGAACCUGUGUGUCUGCGGGGCGCUCAUGAGACCUCUCUCUCCUGGGAUGGAUGGAGACGUCCCAGGAGGGAAAGAGCCACACGUGAUCCCUGCUCACUCCACCGAAUCGAUUAGGUCCAGCGGACAACCAGGCGGAACUGAGGAAAAGGAGGGUGGCCCCGGCACCGACGACUCCCUCGGGGACGUGCCAGUCCCGGAGAAGGCCGCGCACCGAAAGGACAUGUGCGCCUUUCGGGUUCUGAAGAUGAUGAGCCAGCUGACCGUGAAAAUCAGGAAGGGCUUCCAGGAUUGGUACUCGGGCUAUUUUGGAACAGCCUCGCUCUUUACUAAUCGGAUGUUUGUCGCCUUUGUCUUCUGGGCUCUGUUUGCAUACAGCAGCUUUGUCAUCCCUUUCAUUCACCUCCCAGAGAUAGUCAAUUUGUACAAUUUAUCCGAAGAAAACGAUGUUUUCCCUCUGACGUCGAUUAUAGCAAUAGUUCACAUCUUCGGAAAAGUGAUCCUGGGCAUUGUGGCCGACCUACCUUGCAUCAGCGUCUGGAAUGUCUUCCUCAUGGCCAACUUCACCCUGGUCCUUUGUAUUUUUAUUCUGCCCUCGAUGCACACGUACGCCAGCCUGGCGGUCAUCUGUGCGCUGAUAGGAUUUUCCAGCGGUUAUUUCUCCCUGAUGCCCGUGGUGACUGAAGACUUGGUGGGGAUCGAGCACCUGGCCAACGCCUACGGCAUCAUCAUCUGUGCUAAUGGCAUCUCCGCGUUGCUGGGACCACCUUUUGCAGGCUGGAUCUAUGACAUCACACAAAAAUACGAUUUUUCCUUCUACGUAUGUGGUUUACUCUACAUGGUAGGGAUACUCUUUUUACUCAUUCAACCAUGUAUUCACAUUAUAGAACAAUCCAGAAAAAAAUACAUGGAUGGUGCCAAUGCGUAGUGUCAUGUCAUGUUCCAUGUAAGAUGUCUUUCCUCCUCACGCCUACCUCACAUGGCUGCUGUGAGGCGCCUGUGACAUAUCCUGGGAAAGCACAUUGUACGUAACUGGCACUGUCAUUUGUAAAUGCCAUUGUCAUGGCUUCUUUCGGAGGCAGCCCUGCCUUUCCAUGUGGGGAGAAGCAAUGCCGGGAGAUAUGAAGGUAUACAUGCAUUUUAGAGGUGACAGUGACCUUCAAAGACAGCCUAUUAAAUCACUGGUAGAGAUGCCCUUAGAAAAACCAUUCUCUCUCUAGUCCUCCUCUAAGACUAGGGUUUUGGAUACAGCUUUUAAAACAAAGACAAGGAAUUGGCGUUCCCGUCGUGGCUCAGUGGUUAACGAAUCCGAUUAGGAACCAUGAGGUUGCAGGUUCGAGCCCUGGCCUCGCUCAGUGGGUUAAGGAUCUGGCAUUGCCGUGAGCUGUGUAGGUUGCAGACGCAGUUCGGAUCCCACGUUGCUGUGGCUCUGGCGUAGGCUGGUGGCUACAGCUCCGAUUGGACCCCUAGCCUGGGAACCUCCAUAUGCCACAGGUGCGGCCCUAAAAAGACAAAAGAUAAAAAAAAUAAAAUAAAAUAAAACAAAGACAAGGAAUUAAAGCUUUUCAACUCACCUGCUUUUUUUUGUAAGGUGAAAAUAAGGUAUCAAAAUGCUUUUGGGGAAGCUUACAGGUAAAGGUCUCCUCUACCUUUCGAAAGCAUUUUUGCCCCUCCACUUAUACAAAGACCUACUUUAUUGCUUGUUUCUGCUCAGCAGAAGAAACCCAAGGAGGACAUUGCUUUUAUUUAAAAAUUUUUUUAAAUUAAAAAAAAAAAAAUGGAGUUCCCGUCAUGGCGCAGAGGAAAGACAUCCAACUAGGAACCAUGAGGAUGCGAGUUCGAUCCCUGGCCUUGCUCAUCAGGUUGGGAUCUGGCGUUGCCAUGAGCUGUGGUGUAGGUCGAAGAUGUGGCUAGGAUCCUGAGUUGCUGUGGCUGUGGCUGUGAUGUAGACCAGCAGCUGCAGCUUCAAUUCAAACGAUAGCUUGGGAACUUCCAUAUGCUGCAAGUGCAGUCCUUAAAUAAAAUAAAAAUAAAAAUAAAAAAAGGCACACUGCCUCCAGCAGUUUUUCAACAAACUUUAUAGAGGAAACACAUGCCCAGAGCAGUAAAAGUGGCUUGGCCAAGCUCCUCCCCGGGAACCACACAGCAUCUCAGUGUCGAUUGCCAUAGCUUUGAGCUCUGUGGGCAUCUGGGCUUGAUCUCAAUUUAUUCUGUGCCUCACAAAAAAGAUGUGUCCUAAGGUCAUUGCUUUUUUGCACUGUGCCAUUUUGGUUAAGAUUUCAUUGAACGCUCUGCUUUUGGAUAGUGGAGGAAACCUAUAAAGGGGCUUUAAGCACAAGAACGUGACUAGAGGAGUUCCCAUCGUGGCUCAGUGGUUAACGAAUCUGACUAGGAACCAUGAGGGUGCGGGUUUGAUCCCUGGCCUUGCUCAGUGGGUUAAGGAUCCGGCGUUGCCGUGAGCUGUGGUGUAGGUUGCAGACUCAGCUUAGAUCCCACGUUGCUGUGGCUGUGGUAUAGGCCAGCGGCUUCAGCUCCGAUUAGACCCCUAGCCUGGGAACCUCCAUAUACCAGGGGAGCGGCCCUAGAAAUGGCAAAAAGACAAAAAGAAAAAAAAAAAGAAAAAGUACAUGACUAGAUUUCAUAUUGUUAUAGGGAGCUAUUGAUCUAUGAGGGUAAAACGAAGGCAGGCUCUCAUUUCAAAGGUAGUACCUUUAGUACAAUUAAGGAAACACAGUUUGUAUUUCUAUUAAGGAAUUCUGCAGCCAGGGAAUACAGUUUCUAAAUCUUCCUCUAAGAAAAGCCAUUAAUCCUAUUUCAUCGAUGCAAACGAUUGCAUUUGGAAUAGAUAAGUGAUGAGAUCCUGCUGUACAGCACAGGGAACUAUGUCUAGUCACCUGGGAUGGAACAUGAUGGAGGAUAAGGUGAGCAAAAGAAUGUAUGUAUAUAUAUAUAUAUAUGGCUGGGUCACUCUGCUAUACCACAGAAAUUGAGAGAACAAUGUAAAUCAACUGUAAUAAACAAAAACCUAAAAAAAAUUCCUAAUUCAGUACUGUUCAGUCGUAAACUGAAUCUUGAGGCAAAACCUUAAGAAAUAAUACUAAUAAUCUCCUUAGUGAAAGUCAUAUUUGUGCAUAUCACCUUUGAAUCAAGGGCUACAAUUCAAGCACUUUUAUUCAUCGCACUGGCAUAGUUUAUAAGCAUGAUCUGGGGCCUAUAGAAAUUUUUUUUCUGUGUUUCUCCUGCCCAGUAAAUAAAAUAGACAACUAAUUGCUGGUUGGCAUGUAAAGUCGGUGGUUAAAUCAUUUGUAAAGCAUGUUACUGAUUCCAAAAAUAUAGGACUAUCAAGUCGUAAGAGUGAUAUACGAAACGCCCUUGGUCCGAAUGUCUGUGCACUUGACAUUGGAGUAGGGGUAACAAAUAGCCCUGCUCCGCUGCCUCUUGGGCUACGGACAAUUCAUUUGCCCAAGCUCAGCACAGUUUUUAAAAUAGUUCUCUUGAUGGAUUUCAUGCGGACGAUAACUUUGCUCCGUGGCAUCAAAUAAUGCUCUUCCUUUAUCGAAGAUCUCUAUUUUUCUAAGCCAAACAUUUUUCAGACUACAGAAUGGUUCUUCCCAGCAUCAUUUUGAAAUUUCUGGCUGCCUCUCUUUGGACACAUAGCUGAGAACUGUUUAAAUUUCCACUCACAAUGUGCUCAUCACACACACGAAAAUACUUGAAUAUCAUUGCCAGUGUCUUAGGUCACAUUUAUCUAAAGUGCAUACAGACCCCUCUCCAUCGUCCUUGGCAAUGAGAGGCACAUAUGGCACCAGUAAUUGGAGUCGCAGAGUGUUACCCCAGCCUAAUUUCAGCCAGCCGUUUCAGUCUUUUCCUUCCCCAAACCCUUCGGAGUGGUUGACGAGUGACUAUGUGGACGUGUUUUCUUUUUGUUUCAUCUCCAUUAUUUCCUGCUCCGAUGUCUGGUGGGAGGGCUGUGUCAUGAAAGGGACCACCGAAAUGACAAUAAUCAUACAAGGCAGCUAAUGGAAAGGAGAAACAGAAGCAUGGCUAAUAUACACACGCAAUAUUACCUCCAAUGAUUUGAGAAUUGCCUGUAAAUUAUUAUAGAUAAUAAACUGCAUGUCAUACUCCAUUUGGUCCAACAUGAAGACCUGUUUUUCAUGACAGCUUUGGCUGCUGUUAAAGAACCCAGCUUGGCGGGGGCGAGGGGGGUGUUUGUUUGUUGUUUGUUUGUUGAUUUGUGGCCGUGCCCUCUGCAUGUGGAAAUUCCCAGGCCAGGGAUCUAACCCGUGCCACAGCAGUGACCUGGGCCGCUGCAGUGGCACCCCCGGAUCCUUCACCCGCUGCACCACAAGGGAACUUCCUCGGCACUCUGUUUUUGAUAAAAGUAAUCUCAAAUGCUGACACAAUGUUCUAUCUCUCUAUAUAUAUUUACCAUUAAAUGAGGAGUUUUAGAUGGAAAAACACGUGUUUUAAUACUGACUGCAUCCUUAGGUCAUUGACCGACAAUAUACCAAAUUGAGGAGAGGCGGUGUUAAAUAUUUGGAAUGGUGCUAUUCGGCCAAGUGUUUGGAUGCUCACACUGCUAGUUGUGCAUCAUCAGUGUGAACUUUUUAUCCAAUGACUCAGCUCUAGUUAAAUAUCCAGGUGAGAUCGGCUCAUGUUCAGUCUGUACAGUUGUUUGUUGAUUUGCUGUAUUUAUGGGCAUGGUCAUUUCUACCAAAUCAGAAGUCCCUAUUUUAUAAAAACAAAGGAAAACACACUUGCAAUAUUCCUGUUUGCCAACAACAAAAAAAGAGAAUGCUUAUAAAGAAUUACCACAAAUACAUUAAUAUUUUCUGUUUAAGAUGUUAUUUAUAGUUCUUUGAAGAUAUUAUAAAGGUUGAUUGUAUAUUUAUAUUAUGUACUUUAUAGGUUUUUCCCUCAUGUAUCCAAAUGAUUAUUUACAUACGACUAAAUAAAUUUUCUCCUCUUUAAA